AUGCCCAUGCUCCAGCUCCCGACCCCACCUCGUCUGCGCGAAGCCGAACAAGCAUUGGAGCAAGCCCUUCGCUAUGACUUGGUGAACACGACCCUGCUCCGUGAGCUCAGCAAUGAAUUUGUGGCGGUGGAUAAGCUGGAAGCGGCCGAGUCGCUCUUGCGCGGGUCCCUCUUGGCAGGCGACUCGUCCCUCACCCGCAAGACCCUGCAGGAUGUGCUGGUGACCCAUAACUCCACGUCCACCGGAUUGGAGCAGUACAAAAAGGUGGUGGAAGGGUGCAGCAGCAUGGGCGACCGCGCAACGUUGCUGGCUCGGUGCGCGAAUUUGCUCAGCAUGCUCGGUCGACUGGAAGAAGCAAAGGAAUAUCUCGACACAACAUCAGCAACAAGGAGCGACAAGGAAGCGUUCAUUGGACGUCAAGUGCAACAAUACCACCAUCGCGUGGACGGACCAUAG